CGCGCGCGGCCCAAGAUGGCGGCGGGCGGCGCGGCGCGGGGCCGGGGGCGCUCGGACACCCGCGGCCCCGCUCGCCCGGCCCGGCCGCGGCCACGGCACCGGGCCCGGCGCUCCGCGGAGACAUCACCGGCAGCAGACCCCGCACAGCCCGCGGGGGAAACAGCCGACACGGCGAGCCCGUGUUCAUCACAUGAAGCUGCUGAAGGACAACCUGCAAAGAGGAUGAAAUACGAAGAAAGCAAUCUAAAAUCAGAGCUAGAGGGACUCACAUGUGAAAGUGGAAACCUUGCUGCACUGGGGGAAGCACCUAAAACAUCUGAUGGGGAUGGAGGUUCAGAAGAUCCAAGAGACAGCAGUAUAAUCCAACAGGAAAAAGAUGAAAGCAUUCCAGAGACUGAUGAAGGGAAGCAGGAGAAGGAGCAUGGUGUUCCUCUGGAGGCACACACGGUGAAAUCCAGCAGUGCCCCAUUAAAAAUGGGUGGAUAUCUGCACCACUAUCACGUGUUCAGUGAAGAGGAGAGCAGCUGUGAGAGCUUUGACGGGGCCACCUCGGAGGACGCGGAUCACCCGCGGAGGCCGAUGCUCCUGGAGCACAGCAGUGGCCUCUCGGAUGAGGACAGCAACCAGCCCAUGCCAGUGCACCGGUUCUUUGGAGAUGUUGAACUGCACCUCCCAGCAGUUGUGCUCCCCAGCGUGACAAGGAGCAGGCGAGAAGCCAGGAAGCUCCAUUUCAUUGCAAAGGAAGACGAUGAAGAUGAGGAGGAAGAGGAUGAUGUCUGACAACAAACUGUAAACAAAUUAAACCCUUCUUCCUUCUCUUUGUGACCACAUGGCAGUGGCUGUGUCAGUAACAUGAGGUGUCUGUUUGCCUUUUCUCAGGGAGAGAACUGGGAGAGGUUGUUUUGCUGGAAUUGGCAGAUACAGUAUUUCAGUGAUUAUCUGGGGCAAAUACUGAAUUUUCAGGGAUUUGGAAAUAAAGUAUAAUUUAGCACUUUACCACUGAUAUUUAAGAAAAAAAAGCCCAGGGAAUAUAGAAGUUCUUAAGGCUUUUUUUUUUUGUAAAUUUGAGCCUCUAUCUUGAGAAAGUAUUUGGUUUGACUCCUUUUUUUUUCAAAAUAGUCAAGAAAAGGAUGCUGGAGCAAGGUUAUUUUUCUUUUAAUUCUGCAAUGUCUGUGGCAUCCAGGUAACAAAGGAGCAAACUGACUCCCUGAUACAGAGAAGGUCAAGGGUCUUGCUCGUGUGGGUUGUUUACAACUAACCCAGGACCAAUUAAACCUCUAAAAUGCAGUUCUGCUGGCAAAAUGAAACGCAGGAUGUCAGAGUGGAUUCAGUGUGCUCAUCUCUGCCAGUUCAGCAUGUUUUCAUUGCACGUCAGCUCCCCUAACACCCACCCCGUGGUGCUGCCUCCUCCCUCCACCUGCUGUUUUAAGUGUUGUCCUUCGUUGAUUUCCAGCUGGUUUCCAGCAGGGAUUUUGGAAACAAAUGCUUUGGUGGUGGUACACAACAAAUACCCUGAUGGACAGGGGAAGAUUGCUGAGGCUGUGGGGCAGCCCCCUCUGCAUGUUUAAAAAACAAAAGGAACAACCUCAGCCCAUUCCAGGAACUGUUAUUUCACCCAGUGUUUGUGGGAAUAUUUCUUUGAAAGUGUGAUUAUGCAAUAAGCUUCUAGAUAUUUAUUGUUAUAGCUCCUUCUAUGUUUCUAAAAAUAGAGAGAAAAUGUUAUCAGCAGAUGGUUUAAAUAAAUAUUAAUUUCUACAGCUAGAGCUUGUUAAACAUUCAAAAGUUGUAAGGCAAACAAAUUGCAUAUGCAUGGCAUGGUAAUGCAUUCCCAUUUCCACUCCAGCUGAUGCAUUGUUUCUGUCAAAGAUAUUUCUUGGCUCCUUUUGACUCUAAUUCUGUAACACGGAAAAAUCCAGAUUUUUUAAUUGCAUAUUCAUAGUUCCAGCUCUGUGUUGCAGCAGCUCCUCCCAGCAUUCCUUCAGUGCUGUGUUUGCUGCUGGCUCUUUCUAGCAAACACAGUUUCACACACAUUCGUUUCCCUUGCAGAAAACAUUGUCAGUUUGGGGGACACGUGCCACACAGGUGACACUGGGUUUGUCACCAGAAUCCUGCCAGUGCUGCCCUCCCCAGUGUCAAACAGUGCAGAAAAGGAAGCUGGAAGGAUCAGUUGCAUACAGUGGAAUUAGAAAUCCCGUGUUAAAAAUGUACCUCCUUGCUUUUCAGAUUGCACUGUUUGAGAGGGGACUGAGUUUGUUGUUUAAAGUAAAUCAAUGCUCUCUGUAGCAAAGCUUCCAAGACCUAAUUUGGGGCUCAGGCAGAAAUAUCAUUUCCACACAAUUUCAUGUGGACUAACUGGUCCAGGACCAACACUAUGAGGGAAAAUAGAGCUUUUCCUAGUUAUUUACAGAGCAGUAGAGUAGCUGGUGCUCAAUUCAUAAACACAUUUCCCUUCAUGCUUUAUCACACCUGAUUAAUGUCUCGUGCACCUUCAUGUACUCACACACACACAGAUGUGGGGGCAUUUUUUUAUUUAAAGUGUUCACACGAUUUACACUGACAAUCCCAAAAGGUCAGUUGCUAUCAGCUGGUAUUAAAAAAAAUUCAAGUAAAAAA